CUGGAACCCCCCAUGCCGUAGUAGGCCGCGCGCGGCCGCCUCUCUCUCCUCUGAUCUCCUCCUCUCCCGGCCUUUGACCUCGCGAUCCUUCAAUGCGGCCGGAUCCUCCCCCAACCCACCUCGCUUAACAAGCAAAGCAACAACUAAUCGCUCGUGGUUAGCGCGCAAAUCGCCUCGUGCGAUCUCAUCGCAGGUGUAUAAAAAGUGCAUAGCCCCCACAUAUCUUCCCACGCUAAGCCGGCCGGCCUAGGAGUAGUAAGGACUAACACACUUUCCUCCGCGCGGCUGCUACAGUUAGCUAGCUUCCUCUCCACCCGAUCCGCACACACCAUUGACCUCAGCUCCGAGCUGACCCGACUCCCGCCGGGAGAGCGAUCAAGCGAAGCGAAGGAAACAGGGGAGGACGAGGAUGAAGGUGCAGUGCGACGUGUGCGCGGCCGAGGCGGCGUCGGUGUUCUGCUGCGCCGACGAGGCCGCGCUGUGCGACGCGUGCGACCGCCGCGUGCACCGCGCCAACAAGCUCGCCGGCAAGCACCGCCGGUUCUCGCUGCUCAACCCGGCGCCGCCGUCCUCGUCCGGGUCGUCGGCGGCGCAGCAGCAGCAGCCGCCUCCGCUCUGCGACAUCUGCCAGGAGAAGAGGGGGCUCCUGUUCUGCAAGGAGGACCGGGCGAUCCUGUGCCGGGACUGCGACGUGUCGGUGCACACGGCAAGCGAGCUGACCAUGCGCCACACACGGUUCCUGCUCACCGGCGUGCGGCUCUCCGCCGAGCCGGCCGCGUGCCCGGCGCCGCCGUCGGAGGACGAGAACAGCAGCGGCAGCUUCUGCUGCGGCAGCGCCGGCGACGCGGCCCCUCCCUCGUCGGCGCCCGCUACCAGCCACGGCAGCGACAGCAGCAGCAUCUCCGAGUACCUCACCAAGACGCUGCCCGGCUGGCACGUCGAGGACUUCCUGGUCGACGAGGCCGCAGCCGCCGCCAACAACGGCGUCUCUGCAGACGCGUCCUAUCAGGGAGGACUAGCCCGGAUCGGCAUCAUGCCGGACGGCUACUCGGCCUGGAUGGCGCAGGACCAGCUGUUCGGCGACAGCGCGGCCGCCGCCGGCGUCGGGCGGGCAAGCCGGGAGCGGUGGGUGCCGCAGAUGAUGUACGGCGGCGCGGAGCUGGCCGUGGCCGGCAGCAAGAGACCCAGAACCGCGUCCACGGCGUAUUCUUACUGGUGAACUCGUGAACGGAAGACGACCGACUCGCCGUGCCGUCUGUAUUAUGCAUCGGCUGGUGUUCUAGUUUUAUUUCCAGUUAACUGUAACAGAAGUUGUUUCCGGGCUCAUUUACCACCGCAACUGUUUUUUGCUCUUCCGGGCGUCCUCCGAUCGGAUGCCUGGGAGCGUUCGUGCUUUUUUGAGGGGUGCAAGAGGGAAGAAGCUUCAGCACCUUUGUAUCUCCCUUUUUUGCUCGAUGCAACUUCAAAGCCUUUCUAUCACUGUCAUCCUGGAACAGUGUUCGUUUUC